CAAGCUCAGGCGCCGCGCCCAGGAGGCUGCCGCUCUGGCUCGCCGCCCCCCGCCGCCGCUCCGCAUCGGGCAUCCGCCGCCGCACCGCGGGCCAUGGACCUGCCCAGAGGCCUCCUGGUGGCCUGGGCACUCAGCCUGUGGCCAGGGUUCACGGACACCUUCAACAUGGACACCAGGCAGCCCCGGGUCAUCUCUGGCUCCAGGGACGCCUUCUUUGGCUACACGGUGCAGCAGCACGACAUCAGCGGCAAGAAGUGGCUGGUUGUGGGCGCUCCAUUGGAAACCAACGGCCACCAGAAGACGGGAGACGUAUACAAGUGUCCGGUGACCCAUGGGAACUGCACCAAGCUCAACCUGGGAAGGGUCACUCUAUCCAACGUUUCCGAACGGAAGGACAACAUGCGCCUCGGCCUGAGCCUGGCCAGCAACCCCAAGGACAACAGCUUCUUGGCCUGCAGCCCCCUCUGGUCUCACGAGUGUGGGAGCUCCUAUUACACCACAGGGAUGUGCUCGAGAGUCAACUCCAACUUUAGAUUCUCCAAGACCGUGGCCCCAGCUCUCCAAAGGUGCCAGACCUACAUGGACAUAGUCAUUGUCCUGGAUGGCUCCAACAGCAUCUACCCCUGGGUGGAGGUCCAGCAUUUCCUCAUCAACAUCCUGAAGAAGUUUUACAUUGGCCCGGGGCAGAUCCAGGUUGGAGUCGUUCAGUAUGGAGAAGAUGUGGUACAUGAAUUUCACCUCAAUGACUACAGGUCUGUAAAAGAUGUGGUGGAAGCUGCCAGCCACAUUGAGCAGAGAGGAGGGACCGAGACCCGGACAGCAUUUGGCAUCGAAUUUGCUCGCUCAGAGGCUUUCCAGAAGGGCGGCAGGAAAGGGGCCAAGAAGGUGAUGAUUGUCAUCACGGAUGGGGAGUCCCACGACAGCCCGGACCUGGAGAAGGUGAUCCAGCAAAGCGAGAGGGACAACGUGACAAGAUACGCUGUGGCCGUCCUGGGCUACUACAACCGCAGGGGGAUCAAUCCAGAAACUUUUCUAAACGAAAUCAAAUACAUCGCCAGUGACCCCGAUGACAAGCAUUUCUUCAAUGUGACUGACGAGGCAGCCCUGAAGGACAUUGUUGAUGCCCUGGGGGACAGGAUCUUCAGCUUGGAAGGCACCAACAAGAACGAAACCUCCUUUGGGCUGGAGAUGUCACAGACGGGAUUCUCCUCUCACGUGGUGGAGGAUGGGAUUCUGCUGGGAGCCGUUGGCGCCUAUGACUGGAAUGGAGCUGUGCUAAAGGAGACCACUGGUGGGAAGGUCAUUCCUCUCCGAGAGUCCUACCUGAAGGAAUUCCCUGAGGAGCUCAAGAACCACGGCGCAUACCUGGGGUACACAGUCACAUCGGUCGUGUCCUCCAGGCAGGGGCGGGUGUACGUGGCUGGAGCCCCCCGGUUCAACCACACAGGCAAAGUCAUCCUGUUCACCAUGCACAACAACCGGAGUCUCACCAUCCACCAGGCCCUGCGGGGCGAGCAGAUAGGCUCUUAUUAUGGGAGUGAGAUCACCUCGGUGGACAUCGAUGGCGACGGUGUGACCGAUGUCCUGCUGGUGGGCGCACCCAUGUACUUCAGCGAGGGCCGAGAGCGGGGCAGGGUGUACGUCUACAACCUGAGACAGAACAGGUUUGUUUAUAAUGGGACGCUGAAGGAUUCCCACAGUUACCAGAAUGCCCGAUUCGGGUCCUCCAUCGCCUCCGUGCGGGACCUCAAUCAAGAUUCCUACAACGACGUGGUGGUGGGAGCCCCUUUGGAGGACAACCAUGCAGGCGUCAUCUACAUCUUCCAUGGCUUCCGUGGCCACCUCCUGAAGACGCCGAAGCAGAGAAUCGCCGCCUCAGAGCUGGCUCCUGGCCUCCAGUAUUUUGGCUGCAGCAUCCACGGGCAACUGGACCUCAGCGAGGAUGGGCUUGUUGACCUGGCAGUGGGCGCCCUUGGCAAUGCUGUGAUUUUGUGGUCCCGCCCUGUGGUUCAGAUCAAUGCCAGCCUCCACUUUGAGCCACCCAAGAUCAACAUCUUUCACAGAGAUUGCAAACGCAGCGGCAGAGACGCCACCUGCCUGGCCGCCUUCCUCUGCUUCACACCUGUCUUCCUGGCACCCCACUUCCAAACAGCAACAGUCGGCAUCACGUACAAUGCCACCAUGGACGAGAGGCGGUACACACCACGGGCCCACCUGGAUGAGGGCGGAGACCGCUACACCAACAGGGCUGCCCUACUCUCCUCCAGCCAGGAACACUGUGAGCGGAUCAACUUCCAUGUUCUGGACACCGCUGACUACGUGAAGCCAGUGACCUUCUCAGUUGAAUAUUCCCUGGAGGACCCCAACCAUGGCCCCAUGCUGGACGAUGGCUGGCCCACUACCCUCAGAGUCUCGGUGCCCUUCUGGAAUGGCUGCAAUGAGGACGAGCACUGUGUCCCUGACCUUCUGCUGGACGCCCGCAGCGACCUGCCCACAGCCAUGGAGUACUGCCAGAGGGUGCUGAGGAAGCCUGCUCAGGACUGCUCUGCAUACACGCUGUCCUUUGAUACCACAGUUUUCAUCAUAGAGAGCACGCGUCGGCGGGUGGCUGUGGAGGCCAUGCUGGAGAACAGGGGCGAGAACGCCUAUAACACAGUCCUAAAUAUUUCACAGUCAGCAAACCUGCAGUUUGCCAGCUUGAUCCAAAAGGAUGAUUCUGACGGCAGCAUUGAGUGCGUGAACGAGGAGAGGAGACUCCACAAAAAAGUCUGCAAUGUCAGCUACCCCUUCUUCCGGGCCAAGGCCAAGGUGUCUUUCCGUCUAGAUUUCGAGUUCAGCAAAUCUAUCUUCCUGCACCACUUGGAGAUCCAGCUCACAGCCGGCAGUGACAGUGACGAGGAGGAGAGCACCAAGGAAGACAACACGGCCCCCCUGCGCUUCCACCUCAAAUAUGAGGCCGACAUCCUCUUCACCAGGAGCAGCAGCCUGAGCCACUAUGAGGUCAAGCCCAAUAGCUCACUGGAGAGAUAUGAUGGCAUUGGGCCUCCCUUCAACUGCAUUUUCAAGAUCCAAAACUUGGGCUUGUUCCCUGUGCACGGGGUCAUAAUGAAGAUCACUGUGCCCAUCGCCACCAGGGGCGGCAACCGCCUGCUGAUGCUGAGGGACUUCCUCACCGACCAGGCGAACACGACCUGUAAUGUGUGGGGAAACAGCACCGAGUACCGGCAUGCCCCAAUGGAGGAAGACUUGAAUCGAGCCCCACAGCUGAAUCACAGCAACUCUGAUGUAGUCUCCAUCAACUGCAACGUGAGGCUGGCCCCCAACCAGGAAAUCAAUUUCCAUCUGCUGGGAAACCUGUGGUUGCGGUCUCUAAAAGCACUCAAGUACAAGCUGAUGAAAAUCACGGUCAACGCAGCCUUGCAGAGGCAGUUCCACAGUCCUUUCAUCUUCCGAGAGGAGGAUCCCAGCCGCCAGAUCACGUUUGAGAUCUCCAAGCAAGAAGACUCGCAGAUCCCCAUCUGGAUCAUUGUGGGCAGCACACUGGGGGGCCUCCUACUGCUGGCCCUGCUGGUCCUGGCACUGUGGAAGCUCGGCUUCUUUAAAAGUGCCAAGCGCAGGAGGGAGCCCGGUCUGGACCCCACUCCCAAAGCGCUGGAGUGAGGCUGCUGAAGAGGCUGUGAGUUGAUGGGGGCCAGGCCCAGGUGGUGUGCAGGCCCCGGCUCGGGGCCCCACGGAGCUGAAGCAGAGAUGACGCCAGCUCCUAGCUUUGCACGACCUCAUCUGAGAAACGGAGCCUGCUCCCUCUGAAGAGAACUCAAGCCAGUUUUAAGAGGGACUGCCCUACUGGGAGACCAAGGCAUCCACAACACAGAUCCUUAGAGAUUUAAAGGGGCCCCUCCCAAGGCACACCCCAAAGCCUCCCCCAGGCUCUGUGGGGGCAUUUGCUGCCCCCACCACUAAGGUGCUAGGAAGUCCUAACCAUCCCCAUCCUCAGAAGAAACCCAGAGGAAGACUGCAAAUGCCGACCCACUCCGUACAUUCCAGGCCUCCAGUUCCAGUAGGACCCAGUGGGCCAGAAGAUCUGAACUCUGGCUGUCCUCCCCUCCCCCCAUGCUGCCUCUCCCGAGUCACACCCACCCCUCCUCCAGGCAGGAGAUAGGUCCCCAGAGCUCCCUCUGAAUAACCGGAGCCCAAGGGCUUAAUGGUGACAGCUGCUGGCCAGGGAUGAAGGCUCUGGGAUGUGGAGACUGUGACAGACAGGCAGCUGCGACCCAGGAUACGGGGCGCCCCCCGCCCCGAGAUGGGGAGUCACCCUGGUGGGUUUACACUGACAGCCAGCCACCCACACUCACCCACCGUGCUCCAGACACCCGCCCCCUCCACCCUUCCCCCCCUCUCCCCGCCUCAGCUGCCGCCCCUCCCCGACGCUUUUGUUUCCAGGUACAUCCGGAAGCGUGUGGAUGACGCAAUCCCUAGGGCCCUGUAUUUCUACUGCGUCUUCCCUUGAAGCCUGCCCCGUCGCGCGGCCCGGCUGCAAGCUGGGCAGUAAGGGUAGGAGUGAGGAGCCCUCCCUCCCCAUGUCAUCCCCUCCCUACACACACACCACCUCCCAUCCCUCCCUUCUGUCCACCCGUGCCCCGGAGAAAACCCGGCUGGCUCGGCUGGUGCUGCCCACCGGUCCUGUCUGGAAUGCACUGAACAAGGCCUGUGCAAUCUCGGUGGCAAUUAUCUGAUCCGCAGGACCAUGCAUGGGACAAGUGGUACCACCAGUGAGGGCGCCCGGAGGACAAGAGGCACACCUGGUGCCCAAUGGAGUAAUUUAUGCCUUAACCUUGUUUUGAGGUAGAAAUGAAAGGGGGAUACAUCAAAGGCAUCUGUCCCCCGUUACAUAGUGCGACCUUUACUGUCGUAAAUAUUUUUAAGAAAUUAAAAAAAAAAGUGUUUAAAAAUAACCAAGGCACUGACUUCCCUUUCUGUGGGCAGAGAAGGUCCUAGCCCCCCACUCUUUUCUUUGAAGGAGAGGAGAUGGAUGAGGGACUCCCAGCUUCCUUCCCAUUAUCUAAGUAUUGGGAAAGGACUGGUCCACCAUUUGCUCCCAGAACAUCCCCUCCAAGUGGCUGCCUGGUCUGGGAUCAACAUCUCCAGCGAUGGCGCACUCCCCCCUCCCAAGACCACCCGUUCCGUCUUUGGCUAGUUUGGAUGGUGAAACCCACAAGUCACUGUAGCUUCUGCCUCUUGGUUCCAGUUCUUCCGUCAGGCCUCCCACACUCCUCCAAGCUAGCAUUUCAGUGCUGACCUUAUACGCUGACUUCAAGUUUCUUCACCUUACACAUAGGCUGUUUUUAGACCAAGUUGUCCCAUUCUAUUCUUGUGCCAUUGUAAUCCCAAGAGGCCAAAGUAGAACCUUAGAAGUUAUUUGAUUUUGUUCCCCGACUAAUGAUGCAAUCCCUAGAGCCAGAGAAGUUAAGAGGUAGUCCGAGGUCCCCGGUCAAAAUCAAGACACAUCCCAGGGCAGCUCUUACACCCUGCUGUCAUUCUAGCCCAGCCUCAAAGGGCUUAGUGAAGAAGGAGUCGAUAUAAAAGAACUCUUUAUGGGAAUAUUUUUUUCUCAAAUCGUGAAACCAAAGUCAGAAGGAAACGUUUUACAAUCAUAUUUCAUCCGCAUCAUUACCCCCAUGAAUGGAGUAACCUGGCUGGAGAAUUGAUGAACCCACACUCGAAAGUGCUUUGUUUGAUUUAGCACCAAGUCUUCUAUCAAAAACCAUCAAGUCUGAGACAGUUUUCUAUGGAAACCUGACUUUUAGAGAUUGGCAUUCACAGUUUUAAAAAUUUCCAUGUGUAACCACACUUCAGGCCAAAAAAAAAAAAAAAUGUCUGCAGGUCAGAUGCAGCCGUUAUCUUCAAGCCCUUACACUGUGUUACUCGUUUCUCUUUAUCAAGUCUCCCUUUCCAAAUUAUUUGCUCUGGCAUAUAAACAUCCAAGACUGGCCUUAAGAUGGCCAGUAAGGCAAGCAGAGAAGAUGCAUUUUAUAGGGAGCAAAGCCUCAUGGCUAAGCAGUUUCUCAGGCCUGGCUACAUAUUAGAAUCACCUGGGAGCUUUAAAAGCUAUCUAUGCAAGGGCCCACUGCAGGGAUACAGAUUUAAUUGGUUAGGAGAGGGGCAAGGCAUCGUUUUGUUUCAAAGUUCCCCUGGUGGUGAGAGUUGAAGUCAAUAGGUAGGUGAACAUCUAAGCUAGAAAACAAACAAGGGGUUAACAGGCACCAGUGACCUAUGAUGAGUAAUGGGAACUGCUCUCAUCACCAUGAUGUUGA